CUGGAAAAGUAAAUAAAUAAUCCUGCAGGGAAAUCCAGGAUUUUACCGUGCCAGGGCUUUUCCGUGCUGUGUUCCGCUUCCGUUUGUGAUUUUCCACUUAAGUUUCACAAUUAUUCGGCAAACUGGCCACCACGGUGUGAUAACACACGGAAACAUCGGCGGGACAGUGUAAUUUCUAAUCCAUAACUCGCUGCUACACACCAGAGUUUAUCGCGGCUCGUUGGGAAAUCAUGUAAACUUGGGGAACGGAAGCAGAUAACCCAGAGAGGAAAACACCUCCCCCAAACGGUGGAACAGCGAUGUGCACCGAGAUGAAAGCAGCACGUUAACGGGUGUAGUUCCGCAAGCGGAGGAGAUGGUGUUUAUCGAGCGUCUGCCGCUGAUAGUUGUCGUUUUCGUUCGGCCCUUGAUACGUUUCACACGAUCGCAUCAUCAUGUGGAGCACCGGCGGUGGCCAGCCCUUUGGCGGCUAAAAAUAUACAACAAUGAACCGCGAGCAUCAUCAUUUUUGUGCUCGUCCUCACCGUUCUCAUCGCUGUCGUCGUCGUGGUUGUCGCGGCCGUGAAUUUAAGCGCGUUGCAGCAGCGUUCUCGGGGCCACCUGCAGUCGGCUCGCGGCGGUUGAACUUGAAAGCGGUUCUUGAGUUGUUGGACCGCCCGGAAUGGACAUUUACCUGCUUACAUAACGAACGUUGUGCCGCGGCAGUUUAAGUGUAACGGGGAACGUACACCAGAAGCACCCUUCGAUGGAUAAACCGGGUCCGGAAGCACCGGGCACCUCCAAAGCGUGCAACACGAAGACACCCAAACGACCGUUUUUAGGUUUGUUGUCGAAACGUUCGUCGCGCGUCGAACCGCAGCGCUGCUCGGAGAGUGAAGAUGAGUUACAGGCGACAGGUGGUAGCGAAACCGGCGGAUCCACCUUUAGCUUGCUCGGCAAUCAGCACCAGCAGCAUCACCGAAGAACCAUCCCUCAGCCAACCACCAACAAAAGUAGCUACAGUAAUGGCGCAACGACAACGACGGCUUCGACGGCAACGACAACAGCAUCGCGCCAGGAUUCAUCCAACCCGAGCGAUACCAACUCGUAUCAGCUGCUCUCGACGUCAUCCACCACGACGACCACGACGACAUCAUCCACCGGGCCCGACUCAUCGACGACAUCGAAAAUACCGCUUGCGGCCGGUGGUACUACGUUGCUAAGGAAGCGGGACACGGCGGCCGCUCGUGCGGCGCAACUAAGCCAACGGCUCAGUGAAUGCGUCACUAGCAGUAACGGUGACGGUGGACAGCUUAACCUCUGCUGUUCCGUCGAUGAGGCGAUCGUAGUGAAGUCAUCACCGGCCCACAAUCGCUAUUCACAUCCCGCCGUGAGCGCGAGCAACAGCACCGCUGGCAGCGAGACAUACGAUCUACAGAUGCAGCAGAGAAGACAGCAACUCAAGCUUGAACUAACGGCCAAGAGCUGCACAAGCUAUCCGAUCGAAAAGACGAGUCCUUCGCGCCAUCGAAGACCACUCGUGGUGGGGGGAGCAGGAGGCACGACUAACGAGCAAUCGGCGGAACAACUCAAUGGUGAGGAUAAGGGAGAUAUCAAAGCAAACGUCUCGCUGGUCCAUAAUCGCGUCGUAACGAAACCGAUCGUGUUCCGUGAGUAUCAGAAUCACACCCAGCGUGCCAUCAUGUCGAGUAAAUCGAGAUUCCGUGAGCGCUUUUUGCCACCGCUGCACCGCAACAGUAUGGAUGGGUACGAGAAAAUGGAGCAACACUACAGCUCACCAAAUAUCGCUGAUAAGGAGCUGGACGGUGACGAGGAGUGUCUGCUACCGGGUGGCUGUAAUCGAGAGCAGCGUGAUUCCCGUAAAUCAAUGUCGUUCGAUAUGGUAACAUCGUCAGGAGACGCGGCAAAACCCGCAGGUACCACAGGGGCUGACGAACCAACGGCUGGAAGUGUGCCACGAGCCACUUAUGGAUCGAUCGGAUCGGCUGAUUCACUCGCCCGUCAGGCAUUGAUGGCCGCACACGUGCUGAAUUUGAUUCCGGCCGAGAAGGCACGUCAGAGGAAUUUUCUGCAUGGAAGGCUCGCAUCAACCUCACUGCUUGGUGCCGCCGAAUUGGACAAGUUGCUACCGAACCGUGAAAUUACCAUCUUCAUCGGUACGUGGAACAUGAAUGGCCAGAGUCCACCGAGACAGAUGAACGAUUUUGUGCUACCGACCGCACUCGAGCACGUGCCGGAUGUGAUCGUGUUCGGAACGCAAGAAUCCUGCUCGGAGCGGUUUGAAUGGGAAGUGACGCUCCAGGAGACGCUCGGUCCAUCCCAUAUCUUGCUCCACUCAACCAGCCUCGGUACACUGCAUCUGGCCGCCUUCAUACGACGGGAUUUGAUUUGGUUUUGUUCGGAACCGGAAGAUGCGUGUCUAUCGGUGCGGCCUGGAACUGCAUUCCGUACGAAGGGUGCCGUUGCGAUUUCGUUCUGCCUCUUUGGUACGUCGUUUCUCUUCGUCACUUCGCACCUUACCGCUCACCAGCAGAAGGUGAAGGAACGUGUCUCGGAUGUAAAGAAGAUCAUCCACGCACUCGAUCUGCCACGUAAUCUGACGGUAAAGCAUCGCAACCGGGAUGUUACGCAGAACUUUGACAGUGUGUACUGGUGCGGUGAUUUGAAUUUCCGCUUGAGCGAACCACGCGAUAAGCUGAUGCAGUGGAUCGAGACAACUCAGUUUCCGCUUCCGGCACAUCUACCACACGGGUUCAUGCAUACCGACCAGCUGACGACGGUGCUGGCCGAAGGAGCCGCCUUCCGAGGAUUUCGUGAAGCAAGAAUUACUUUUCCUCCAACCUAUAAGUACGAUCCUGGAACUCAACGGUUUGAUUCAUCGAGCAAACAGCGCGCUCCGGCGUACACCGAUCGGAUACUGUACAAGUUUAAGCCGCUCCCGGCCACAACUGUUCACCGACGUGGUAGCAAUGUUCCACCGGGGUCCAAAAUCUCGCAUCCUCCUUCGCCAGUCAAGUGUUUGGCGUACGAUUCGGUGCAGAGCAUAACGUCCUCCGAUCACAAACCUGUCUGGGCUCUGUUUCGAAACACCAUCCGGCCCGGCAUCGAUACCGUCCCGCUUGCGGCAGGACUAUUCAACAGAGAAGUGUACCUGGAAGGCAUGAAACGACGAUUAGACAACGCCGGUGCGGGAUCUUCGGCCGUCUGCAGCAUCCAAUGACGCCGACUAUUUGAUCGUUCAUCGUAAGAGGUGAGCUUGACGAUUGACGAUUAACGAUCUGAGGAGUGAUUGUGAUAUUGUGCCGUACUAUAUCAAGCGACGACAACGUUUCCUACAGCGUUCCUACAGCGUAGAAAGUUAGGUGGCUGGGCGCCAUUCUCUAGUAGUGAACUGUGAAUUUUACUCAUUCUCAAAAAAAGCCUUAACAUGUUCCUUGACGAGAGCAGCAACAACAUGAUCUUUAACCGUAUCUAGUCCAUCGACCACGUGUUCGUGCACCUAUUGCACGAGUGCACGAGUGUCAAAUUACUAGUCAUUUAGUAUUAACAUCUGUUCGACGGUAGGAGAAUCGUAUGCUAGGCUCAAUAGUAGAUUAAGCGAACUGCGUUUACGCAGCUACUCGAGAAGUUCUUGCUAGUGGAACCACAAUCACUUGUGUCUGUGUCAUUUAAAAACGAGGAAUGCGUGUAUCCGGACACGAGAAUCCAUGUAGCAAACGCUAGAUUGAAAUGUGAAAGACAAGAACGCAGCCUUUUUCCUUUUAAACCAUUGAAAAUUAGAGUAACAUUUAGAGCUGGUAUUAUACAUCAAUGUGCAUAUAGUGUUCGUGUUUAAGCGUGAUUUUGUGUGUAGCUCGAAUGAUCGUGCGUGUGUGUUUGCACUUGCACGAAGCUAAAGGAAGAGAAGAAGAAAGAAUGGUGAAUUACUUCAUACGAUAGGCGAAACCAAAGACACAAUUUGCUCUAGUCAAGUAGAAUUAAGUAAAACAAAAAGUCUGUCAAACACAGAUUAAAUACCGGUUGCAGUGUAGACUGUAGUAAACAUAUCCUUAAUGAACUGUUAUACCAUUACAAGAGAGCUUAGCCGAUAAAUGAUAUAGUCCAGUAGUCCAUCAUGCAGUGCAGUUCAAUGUGAUCUUCAAAGACAUUAGUACAUCGAGCAUCAUGCAGAGUAGGAUUUUUCACAAUAUGAGCUCCUACCUGUGGCAUGGCCAUCCUCUUAUUAGGUCCAGCAGUACAGUGGACAGAAAGCAGCAGUAAAAUACUCAUACCCAAAACUCUUCGACUACCUCUGGCACAUCUAGAUAACAUCACUAAAGCAGAAGUAGCGCAAAAGUCAUUUGCCAUUGCAAAGCAACUUAGUCCCUAUUGGUAUUUAAUCACCAUAGUAGAGAUGCGAUUGCCGAAAGAGCUCAUGGGUAUCAAUUGAAGAAGGGACCUAGCAGCAACUUUCUUACAUCUGUGCCUUUCUGUCGUUUUUCACGUCCUUUUCACGACAGAGUAAACGACAAAAUACCAAACUCAUUACUCAUUAUGCUCAUAAAAGACUAACAGAGUGAAGAGAAGAUACUAAUAACGCUUCAUACCUUGUAGCUCAUUGAAUCAUCAACUGUGCAUGCAUUCCCAAGGACAUUCUCUAACUUACGGGCUCUCCAACAUUAUUAUUCGAAUUAAGUGAUCUGAAGUCAAGCAACUACGAUAGCAUCAGUUUACUCUUAUCCUUUAUAGCAAUAUCAUUAACGCUAACUUACCAAUCGAAACAGAUAAACAAAAGUAAGAGUAACUAUUCGAUUCAUUCCCGUCGUCUUAAGUUACGCUCAAGUCUCGAACGUACCCCCUCGUCCCACAACCGAAUAUAGCGCGUGGGUAGAUCCCGUAGCGCCGCAAUAAGAACUGUAUUGACAUCUUCCAGUGAGUCACUUUGAGUAGCGCGUAGCGGACGCGUGAUGGUGCCCUUAAGACUAAACCGACGCCAUGCGCGCUCUGAAUAAUCACCGAAUCUGUGACCACAUUUAGAUCAUACGUACUUUCGCAUCCGUGUGAUAUAUCGCGAUUGCUCAUCUGAAAGAACACACUGAACACAGGAAAGAUGAAGAUAAUAAAUGCGAAAAGGAGAACCGCGGUCAGUGAAAUACGCUGAUACCUUUUUACCUUUUCAUACUUUCUCUCAA